AUGAAUCAAAAUGUACAAAUUUUUGGCAUUCUGCUGCUUUACACUUUUGUGCGGCUCUUGGCAGCUGCCGCUUUUGAGGAUGGCAACAACAACAAUGUCAAGAUUACCAAACAUAGCCUGGAGCUCACUCAAACGAUCAACAUACAGCGUCAGGAGUUCAUGCAGCGACAGUGUGAACUGUUGGAUGCCAACAGGCAAACUGUGGAUGAUCUUACCGAGCUACAAAUGGAUCACAUGAUUGUGGAUAAGGAGCACAAGCUGCUCUACUGCUAUGUGCCCAAGGUGGCCUGCACAAACUGGAAACGGGUGCUGAUGCUCUUGACGGGCAAGUGGCAGAAUGGCACGGAUCCGCUGCAGAUACCUGGCUCGCUGGCGCAUUCGGUGGGCAUGUUCACCAAGUUCUACGAUCUGAGCGAGGAGGAGCGCGCCCAGGUGCUCAGCGAAGAAUACACACGCUUUAUUCUGGUGCGGCAUCCAUUUGAGCGGCUGCUCUCCGCGUAUCGCAAUAAGCUGGAGGGCGGUUCGCCCAGCGCACGGUACUUUCAGUCCCGUGUGGGUCGACAGAUUGUGCGGGAGCUGCGCCCCGGUGCUAGCAACGAGUCCCUAAAUCAGGGCAACGAUGUUCAGUUCGGCGAGUUUGUACAGUACUUGCUAACGCCGGAGCUCAGUCGCACAAACCAAACGGACUACAACGAACACUGGGAGGUCAUUGCCAAGCUGUGCAAUCCCUGUGUCAUGAAGUACAACGUUGUGGGUAAAUACGACACCUUACUGGAUGACUCCGCCUUGGCGCUGUAUCUGGCGGGUGCCAAGAACCUGACAUUCCCCACUGGCCACAAGCCGUCCAGCACGCGCGCCAAUCUGCGCAAUUAUUUUGAUCCGCUGCCCAUUGGCGCUAUACGGCAUCUGUACGAAAUCUAUGAGGAGGACUUUCGUCUGUUUGACUAUGGCAUGGAUGAUGUUCUAGGCUUUGAAUUCGGCUGAUUACUUACUAAAUAUAUAUGUUAUAUGUAUUUAUAAAAGUGAUUUGUAGCAUCCGAAUCAAUUAUACUGUGA